GUGGUGUUAUUUGUCGCCUCGUUUAAGUUGCGAAGUAGGAACGGCAAGCAUCCCUUCGGUAUAGACCCGCUGCAAAACCCUAGGAACCAUUCAGAGAACCCUAAGAGGAGGUUCAUAGGAUUAGAGUGACGAAAGAGAAGGAAGAGAUCAUGGAUGUUGCAGAGGAGCAAACCUUAGAUGAAAUAGCUGUCUCUAAUGGCGAGGAAGACGUUUCAGAGCAUUAUGAAGAUGAGGAUGAUGAGGUUGAUAACGUAAAUAGUGCAGGCGAAGAUACUUCCUCUGUUAAGGAUUCAUCACCAGGAAAAAUCUUCGUUGGAGGUGUCUCCUGGAGCACAUCUGAAGAUACCUUUACCAAGCACUUCAAGAAAUAUGGGGCAAUUACUGAUUCUGUUAUCAUGAAAGACAAGCAGACGGGUAUACCUCGUGGCUUUGGAUUCGUAACAUUUGCUGAUCCAUCAACCUUGGAUAAGGUGCUUGAGGAUGAACAUGUUAUUGAUGGGCGAGAGGUAGAAGUAAAGAGGACUGUUCCUCGUGAGAUGUCCACUAAAGGGCCAAGAACAAAGAAAAUUUUUGUUGGCGGGAUUCCGACAUCUCUGACUGAUGAUGAAUUGAAGGAAUACUUCUCAUCAUAUGGUGAGGUGGUGGAUCACCAGAUAAUGCUGGAUCAUGGAACUGGCCGUUCACGGGGAUUUGCUUUCGUCACAUUCAAGAAUGAUGAGACUGUUGAUGAAAUCAUCUCUAAGGGAAAGGUCCAUGAGAUCGGAGGAAAGAAGGUGGAGAUAAAAAAGGCAGAGCCAAGAAAACCUGCACUCCCAGAGCGCGGGAAUAACAUGAGAGGUGGCUAUGGUGGUGGUGGUUAUGGAGGUGUAUAUGGUGGUUAUGGUGGGGGCUACAGGUCUGGGGGAAGGAUGGGGGGCUUUGUAAGUGGCGGUUACGGGGGAGGUGGAGGUUAUGGUGGUGGAUAUGGGGGCUAUGGAGGGGUUGGUUAUGCCGGUGGUUAUGGGAGUGGGUAUGGGGCUGCAUAUGGUGGUGGAAUGUAUGGUGGUGCUGGUUAUGCAGACAGUGGUGAUGGUUAUGGCAGCCCGAGUGGGUUCGGUGUUUAUGGAGGCAGCAGGGGUUAUGGUAGUGGUGCCAGCAACCGGUACCAUCCAUAUGGAAGAUAGGCAUCAAGGAUUUAUUCAGGAUUUUGUAGCAGGAAACGGUUGUGCUGUGGCAUCUCUAAAGAGGAUACGAUCUCUAUUCCUUUUUCAAGUGUCCUGUGUUGGAAGUUUUGAGUUUAGAAGUUAACUAAGUUCUCUAAUGAAUUUGUUUCUCUUUUUACUGGCAAGUACUUGAACUUGGAUGUCCUUGUAAAGCUUGUUUGCUUCUAGGAUUUGUUGUAUGCUGUAUCCUUCAUCAUACAUUACUUAUCUGAUGGCAUUUAGGAUGGGCUUUCGAGCUCUUUGCAAAAGCAAA